AUGGGUCUUCUUCCCCUCAACUACCGGCGCCCUGCCUAUGUAGGCAAGCAGCAGUUCAGAAACAGCACCACUUCCUUUGAUGAGAAGGGCUCAGUACACUCCGGCCAGUCGGCUUCGUCGGCUGGCAUUCCCGAUGCCCUUGCUUUUGACAAGAUCAUCAAUGGAGGCACCUGCCCACCAUGCACACUCCGGGACUUUAUGAACUACUUGGUAUACAUUGAGCACUCUGCCGAGAACUUGCAGUUCUUCCUCUGGUACAGGGACUACAAGGAGCGGUUCAUGUCGGCCGACACGGCAGAUCUGUCGCUCGCCGGAGAAUGGACUCAAGAGAUGGAAGACGAGACCGUGGCCAAGCUUCAGAAAGACGCCGCCGAGCGGAUGAAGAAGGAGCCGGCGGCGGCCGACAUCUUCAAGGGCACCGACUUUGAAAAGGGUCGUGAUGGCGCCAUUGACAACAAGGACCCCUUUGGCACUCCCCCGAGGUCCGCUCGCAGCGACGACGACCGCUCCUUUGUGUCCGGAGCGCACUCGGCUACGUCCACGCAGCAUACCAAAGCCAGUGAUGCUUUCAAGAAUGCUGGCGUCAAGCAGCCUUUCACCAUCCAGCCUUUCCGGUCCGAGGUUGUUCGUGUCAUUACCACCUACAUCGCGGAGGACGCCCCACGACAGCUGAACCUGUCUGCUCGCGAGCGAAAGGUGCUCCUCACGGCCCUUGCGUACACUACCCACCCGUCCGCCUUCCGCAGCGUCGCCCGCACAAUUGAGAACACCCUUCGGCGCCAGGCCCACCCCAACUUUAUCCGCUGGACCAUCUGCAACGGCAACCCUGCCCGUGUCUUCUUCGCGCGCGGCCUCGGUGUUGGCACGAUUCUCUUGUCGAUCGUCGCUGCUCUAGUCCUCACAUUGAGCAAGGCCGGCCGUGGAUACCGCGCCAUUCCUGCCAUUGGCCUGGUCAUUGGCAUUGCCACGCUGAUUGCUGCGUACAAGGGCAUGUGUGUCGUGCUGCACGGCAUGCAUCACCGCCACGUGCGGCCAUGGGAACUCUUCGCGGAGCACCAGGAAGAGGGCAAGCUUGACCGCAACAAGACGAGCUUUGACUCGUUCAGCUCCAGCAACAGCUACGAGGACGAGCCGUGGGUCGUCAAGUACGAGAAGCGCAACGUGGUUCGCAAGGUCUUUGACCGCGAGGUCUGGAUCCAGGAGCCCGCCCUGCGCACCAUCCAGGAUACCAUCUUUGUCCAGGCGCUGAUCGGUGCGGUUAUCGGUGCCGGCAUUCUCACGGCCAUCUUUGUUGCCGUGCCUGGCGGCAACUUCUUCUGA